AAAAGUGGAAAGUUGAAGGAAAACGGAAGGAGGAGAUUAAGGCUAAGCGUUUACGUUCAAAAUGUAUCCAUGUCGGUUUUUAAGGAGGUGCAUCAGCUGUCAUGACAGAUGCCUGUGUUGCCUAAGACCCUUUUGUUGUCCACGAUCGUGCUCCCUUGAUACUCGAAAAUGUCGUGUAGUGUUCCCAGGGGAGUUUCAAAAGUUCUCGGACAUGGUGCCACCUAGUUUUCUUCUAAAGGAUCCAAAGUCGUCGAAGAAAAAGAAAAGAUCAAAAAGCUGUUCAGCGUGCAAGGAUAAAUGUAAUGGUCGGUGUGUGGAUGAUUGCAAGGAAAAUUGUGAGCAUAAAAAUCGUGGGGAUGAAUGCGAACCGGAAAAUCCCGAACAAAAUAGCAGGAAUGGAUUGAACGAUCCUUGCAAACAGGAUGGUCCCACAGGAAAUGGAGCAUGCGAGCCCGGAUUAAAUGGAGCUCCAGGAGCUUACGGACCCGGAUUUAACGGAGCAGUUCCGACCUUUCAACCAGGACAACCUGGUGUCGUACCGUAUUAUGGAACCUGUUUACCGGCAGGAAGUCCAAUGGUAUUUCCAAUGAUAGCUACCCAAUAUGGAAGUUAUGGAUUUCCUGGUCCUCAAUUUCCUCUACAAGCACAGACUUCUAUGGCAGGUCAGGAAUGUGCUCCUUCCCCAAGUCCAAGUGGUCCCCCGGCAGCAGGUCUUCCCACAAAAUAUUUAGAUAGAUUUAAUCCCUGUACCGGAGAAGUAUUCCAUUACGAAAAUCAGCAAUCAGUUACAACUCACAAUGUUGCCAGAGGAGGUCCUCCUUAUAACCAAUUUGGUCAGGGUAUUGGGAUGGGUUGUGGGCCAAAUAAUCAAUGUUAUCCAUUUAAUGUCGCUCAGCAAACAUUUAACCCGUAUCCAGUAAAUCCAAUGCCACCUGCUUUAAAUAACCCCAUUGCGAGUCAAGUUCCACAAGUUGGUAAUACUGAAUUACAAAGAAAUGUGGCUAAUAAUCAACCAAAACAAGUCGUUUCCUUGCAAACUAACAAUCAGAGUUAUAAACAUAAUGUCGGUGAUAAAACACUAUAUUCCAGGCAAGUUUCCCAAUCAGUGGCAUCUUCAGUUCGAGUGCGUGAAAAUGAUAACCGGUCACAGUCCCCAAAAAAGCACAUUGAAACCAGUGAAGGUCCUUUGGGUAAUCCUACCAAAAACCGUGAAGCUCCUUAUUAUAAUCAACCAAACAACCAGCAAUAUACAAAAAAUUAUAGUAAUAGGAAUAUAGAUCCUAGGUCAGUUUCCCAAUCUAAGUCAUCAUCGGGACAAGGAGAUGAAAGGCCAAACGACCCAAGAAGACGAAAUAGAUCGAUGGGAGCUCCCUCGAGUAGAGAACCCCAAUUGAAUACUCAUUCUAACCAACAGAAUGUGGGCAUGGGUUUUAACCCAUCAAAUCAAUAUUAUCCCUACAAUUCCGCAAAUUGUCCACCAAUGGAUACAACAUUCACAGUUCAAAAAGAUUCUUCCAAUGGCAACCACCCACGUCAAGAUAGUAAAAGGUCUCGAUCCGAAAGAAAUAAAACUUCAAGAGAACCAAGUAAACCUCCAAUGGAAGAACCUACUACCAAUGAACCCAUUAAAUGUUACUGCACUCGGUUUAGUCCUUACAAUCAAUACUAUCCUUAUUAUGUUAGUGAAGAAGCGGAAUAUCCACCUUCCGGAAACUCGAGGUCAGAAAAAGAUAAGAAGCAGGACAUGGAAUGCUCCGAGCUCCUCAGCCGUGCCGCGGAGUCCUGUCCUCCGUGUGAUCUGCAAAAGUGGUGCGAUAUCCUCAUGCCUGAGCAUAAGCGCAAAAAAUCAACGAAACCGCCUGCCAAAAAGCACAAGAAAUCGGAUGAACGCUCCAAGUCACGGAAUAAGUCCAAGCGUGGAAGCAGCGCCAUGGAGCCAAUAGCAGAUGGGUCAACUCCCCCAGUGGCUGUGGAGAAGGACCAGCCCGCCGAAGAGGCUCCUUCAAAGGAUGAAAAUUGCAGUUGCAACUGCAUUGCCAAUUUGCCAGAAAAUCAGCCAGAACCACCAGCGCAGCAAGGGGAGGCUCCUCCUUGUCCUCCACCUUCCUGUCCUCCACAACCUUGUCCUCCACAAUCUUGUCCUCAACAAUCAUGUCCUCCAGCUUCUUGUCCUGCAAAUCCCUGCUGCACCUCCUGCUGGAACCCGUGUCCUUGGUCCUACUACUACAAUCCCUGCACCGGUUGUUACUACUACUACGCGAACUGCUGCAAUGGCUGUCGUAAUUGCUGCAAUUACUGCUGCAGUCCGUGCGGCAGCUGUGGCAACAAGAGUCCUAAUCCUCCGAAGCCAACGGACCAGAAGAAAAAGCCGUACCCGACCAUCGGGAGCCCAAGGAAAUCUGGCGGAACUACUGUAGAUCCCAAAAGCUGGUUAGGUCCUCCAGUAAGCGGUAACCUGACUCCUCCGCCGGGAAAUUUUACCUACCCAACGUCACCGGUUUCCACUAUGCCAGGAUAUAGUCGAACUGGUCCGUCCCAAUUCAGCUCCCCCUACAGUGGACAAUGGCAGGCGGGUGGAGUGACUAUAAUUCCGACAAAUGGUCUCUAUGUCCAAAGUCAUGUAAAUAGGAGCGGCAUGCGCCAAGGAUAGUUGUGCAUCACGUCAAAAUCUUACGUUGAACAUUAUUUUCUACAAUUUUUACACAAGUCAAUGCCUAAAUAAAAAUAUAAUUAACCAAGAAA